ACCAACCGAUUGCAGUCGCGUUUCAGCGCUAAGGUUUCUUUGUUGUCUAGGGAAUGGAUGACAUUAAAGUACCUUAGGGUUUAUUUGUUGAUUUUUUAAAUUUGUUUAAAUUAUUUGUUGUUGUUUUUUUUAUUUUUUAAAUAUAAUUAAGUGAUUAAAAUAUUAAUUUAUUAUUAAAUAAAUUUAAUUAACGGUGAUAUCAAUUAUCAUUUAGUAUAUUGUGAAAUUGUGUUAAUUUUAUUGUUUAUAUUUUAUAACAAUUUGUUUUUAAAAUGAAAAAAUCUAUUACACCCGGAGUACCAUCACCGCAAGGUGAAAAACUUUCAUGGCAUGAUUUAUCUGUCUAUGCAAUGGAUCGUAGUAACAAUAUUUGCAAACAGCUUAUAAAUAAUGUCCGAGGGAUUGUCAAGCCGGGAAAUCUUACAGCAAUUUUAGGAGGAAGUGGAGCAGGCAAAAGUUCUCUUAUGACAGCUUUAGCUUAUCGGACUGCUCCUGGUAUUAUUGUUCAUGGAGACAUUAGGGUCAACGGACAGAGAGUAGAUCCUUCUUAUAUGAGACAUUAUACAGGUUUUAUGCAUCAAGAAGAUAUAUUUAUUGGAACUAUGACUGUACUUGAACAUUUAUGGUUUAUGGCUCAAAUGAAAUUGGAUAGAAGAAUUUCAAAGUUUGAGAUUCACGAAAGAAUUGAAGUGUUACUUAGAGAAGUUGGUUUAUAUGACAGAAAAAAUGUGAGAAUUGGUACAGGUGGUGAUGAUAAAGUUUUAUCUGGAGGAGAGAAAAAGAGACUGGCAUUUGCAACCGAACUUUUAACGGAUCCAAAAAUUUUAUUUCUCGAUGAACCUACGACAGGCCAAGAUUCAACCUCAGCAAGUUCAUUAGUUUCCAAAUUGACAACUUUUGCACAUCGUGGGCGAACAGUUUUAUGUACAAUUCAUCAGCCAAGUUCAUCUAUUUUCAAUGAAUUCGAUCGUAUUAUUUUAGUUGCUGAUGGGAGAAUAGCUUUCGCUGGGACUAGACCCGCGGCAAUUGAUUUUUUUUUACAACAAGGUUAUGAAUGUCCAGGCAAAUAUAAUCCAGCAGAUUUUUUAGUUGCGACAUUAGCAAUUACACCACGAGAAGAAGAAACAAGUCGUAGGGCAGCUCAACAAAUUUGUGAUGCUUUUCUGACUAGUGAUGCUUGUAAAGAAAUAGAUGUUGAAUUACAACUUGAGAAUCAUAUAUCGACAACAUACAACUGGAGAUUGGAUGCUCAUGAACAAGAAUUUAAACACCCUCAUUGGUGGUCAAGACUAUUUUGGCUAACUCAUAGAGGAUUUGAACAAGUAAUAAGAGAUCCAACUAUCCAACUGAUUAGGAUACUUCAAAAAUUGUGUGUUGCUCUGAUGGCAGGACUAUGUUUCGUUGGUGCAAUAAAUUUAGAUCAACUUGGUAUUCAAGCUGUUCAAGGAGCACUUUUUAUUCUGGUUACCGAAAACGCAUUUUUUCCAAUGUACGCGACACUGUCAUUAUUCCCGCAGGAGUUUCCACUUUUUAUUCGAGAGCAUCGAGCUGGAAUGUAUCCGACUCAUCUUUAUUAUAUCUCACGAAUGAUAUCAUUGAUACCUGGUUUAAUAUUAGAACCCGUACUUUUUACGACGAUUAUUUAUUGGCUAGUUGGUUUACGAAGUACUUUAAAAGCGUUUGGACUUACUUUACUUGUUACUAUUUGUACAAUGAAUGUUUCUACAGCAUGUGGAUGCUUCUUUUCGGCAGCAUUUGAAUCAGUGCCAUUAGCAAUGGCAUAUCUAGUUCCUUUUGAUUAUAUUCUUAUGAUUACUAUGGGCCCAUUUGCAAAACUCAGUUCUCUGCCGAUUUUUAUAAAAUGGGUCCGGUAUAUAUCAUGGCUUCUACAUUCAACUGAAGCUCUUACGAUCGUCCAAUGGAAGGAUGUCUACAAUAUCUCAUGCACAUUUGAACAAUCUGGAUUACCUUGUAUUCAAAAUGGAACUCAAGUUAUGGAAAUAUACGAUUUCAAUGAAGGAAACUAUUGGAUUGACAUUUUAUCAAUGACUAUUAUUUUCACAUGUUUCCAUGUCCUUGGAUAUUAUUGUCUUUGGCGAAGAUGUCGAUUGAAGUAGAUUUUUUUAUUCAUUGGUCAAUUUAAUUAUAAAUAAAUUAAAUUAACUCAAUCAUGUAUAUUAAUCUUCAUCAUAUUCUAUAU